CCGGCUCCGGCAGGCAGGCGAAGCAGGGCGCCCCUGGGCCCGGGUCCAGCUCUGGGAAGCUGGGCUGCUGACCCAGCCUGCCUCACGGGCGUGAGGACGAUGGAAGAGGAAGGGGUUAGAAACUUCAAGGAACUUCGAGCCAAAUUUCAAAAAUGUGAUGGUCCUCCUCUUCUAGAGCCCAUUAAAUUUCCAGGGAGUGUGUCUCCAAAGGGUGACACUGGAUGCACAUGGCCAGCCCCGAUUUUGACCCCUGGGAAGCCCCGUCCGUCCAACUACAACUGGCCCCUGCCACGGGUUUCUGGUGGUGAGAUCCAGACCCCUCAAGCCCAGCACAUGACAUUGACCCAGAGGAGUAAAAUUCAGAAGAGCCCAAGUUCCCCAGGACUUUCAGAAAAGCCUACUGCAUGUUCUCUGAGAAAUUCCCAGGUAGCUUCUCUGCUCCUCGAUGUUAAUCGAUCAAAUGCUGAGAUGAGCAGUGAGGACAGAGCAAUGGUGGCCAACAGCUUCCAAGACAAACUCAGGAAGUGGGAGAAGGUUUCGUCUCAGAAGGGUGUGACAUUCUCAGCUCUUCUCACCAGUGGUGGGCAUAAGGCCUUCCAUCCAGAAAAGCAGAAAAGCACGGAGCUUCUUCCUGACAGACCAAGGGGAAAGAUUCAAACAAAAUGGGCCCAGACACUCCCUUCCCAGAAGGAUCUGGCCCAAGGAAAAGUGCUCUCCACCUCUAAAAAGCCCCCCUCUCCACGUUCUCAAGCCGGCAAGAAGAACCAAGAAAAACCCAGUGCUGCUAGAAGCUCGGCAGGUGGUCCCUGCCAACCUGUUUAUGAACAUGAGCACGCCAUCCCAGCCCCAGCAAACCCACAGGAUACCAAGCCUCGCCAGCUCCCCAGAAUGAAGCCACUGCCUCCCAUCGAGUCUCAGGGUCCAGCUCCCCCAAAGCCUCCCAAGCCCCCAGCUGUAGAUCUCCAGGCCUUUCAGAGGCAACCAGCUGCUCUCACCAAGACCCCGGAGAAAGUGGAUGUGAGAGAACCCCACGGUCCUCCAGACAGUGCUGAAUUUGAAGAACCACAUAAUUAUGAGGCAACAAUUUCAUAUCUGAGACACUCUGGCAACUCCAUUAACCUGUGCACUGCAGAAGAAAUUGCUGAUUCAACUUACGAAGUUGGAAUUGAAGAACUCCAAAAGCCUUGGAAGAGUUUUCACCAUCAAGAACUUGGCCCUAACCGUGAAGAUAAGGAUAAACACACGCAGGAAAAAGAGCCACAUGAAAUGGAACAUCAAAAAUCAGAACAGAAUCCACAUUCAAAGAAUCCUUUCAAGGCAGAUGUUUAUGAGGUAACGCUGGAAGAUUCCGAGGUUCCCGGUGUACACAGAGAUAGGCGGAGCAUGGCAGCUGCACCACAGGAAACCAUAGCUGAGGACAUGGAAGCGAAGGCUUGUCCAGAGGACAUGAACCUGGCCAGGCCCCCCCAAGACCAGGGCAGCUUUGUGGAGACUUUGGAGCUGACUGCACACACACAGGAUCUGGUGGCCUUUAAGUCACGUUCCCUGUCACAGGCCACAUAUGAUGAUGUGGAUUGCCUCAGGAAAGAUAUAUCCAAGUCGGACUUCUGUAGCUCAUUCACCUCUGACAGCGUUUCAGAAGAAAGUAGUGAAGAAAUGUAUGAGGAUGUCUACAAAGCAAAGAGCAAGUCUCCCCAAAUAGAUUUAGGUGGAAAAGAAGCACUUAAAAGACUGCAGCAAUUUUUCAAGAAAGAAAAGGAUAGAUUUAAAAUGAAGGCAAUCAAAUCAAAAGAAAACUUAAGGGCACUUUCAAUCUCAAUGCCUGACUUACAACUUAGGUCUCAGGAAGUCAUUAUCUACGAUGAUGUGAGCACAAGUGAAAGAGCGUCAAAGGAUGAAUAUAAAAUGAAAAGUUGGAGGCCCAAUUUUCUUAUACCAAGAAGAGAAGAGAAAAACAGUGCUAAAGGAUCAGAAAGUUCUUUUCCUAGAAAUUUCUUCAGAACCAACAAGCAAAACUACUUAGAAAAGAAUAGAGUAAGAGAGGAAAAGCUUUUUAGACAACGAUUCCAGUAUGACAAAGAAAUUACUGUCAUCAACAGAGCAGUGGUAUGUUCCAAUGAUUCAAGAAAUGGAAUAUUCGAUUUGCCAAUAACUGCUGGGGAAGAACUGGAAGUCAUUGAUACCACUGAACAAAAUCUAGUGAUAUGUCGCAAUUCAAAAGGCAAAUAUGGAUACGUACUCAUUGAACAUCUAGACUUCAAGCACCAAGGAUGAUCCCCCAGACGGUCCUGAUCAGCUGGAAGGCCUGCAAGAGUGAUGAGCGAGUCUAGGAUCUGAUCCUGCCUUGCAGCAAUUUACUCAAAAUGAGACGGACUCUCUGGAAAUUUGGGGAAUGCAGAAGAGAAAAAUGAACACAAAACCUCAACAUUUAGCAUUGGUUUUACUCCUAAAAGUCUGUCUUCCAAUGUCUGUUUCACUUCUGGUUCAGGAGAACGUGAAGCAGCCUGCGUUCAUCCUGGAGCACUUAUUUUUGAGCUGUAUCUAAACCAGCAGUCGUGCCUUAUGGUACUUACUCAGCUGUGCAGAUGGCUGAUUUGCUUCAACAAUAAUUUCUAAUUCUGGUGAUGCGCACCAGAAUUAUAUUUGGUGUAAUUCUGAACAGUGAAUGUAGCCAAGGUCUGUAAAUGCCCAAUUUAAAGUGCAGUCUUAAAAUAAUUAUGGCUUAGUCUUCAAUAUUUUAAAAAGUAUACGUGUCCUUUUUGCUUUAUCACAAAAACAAAAUUGGAUAAAUGCUGUUCAAAAUUGGUUUUCUUUGGGAAUAGUGUGCUAAAAAAUAACUUAUUCCUAAAUUCAACCAGUUUAAGAAAUGUCUAAAAACAUUUAACAAUAUCCAAUACACACAUACACACUCUGUAUUACUUUAAAGCAUCUUAGUGCCUAAAAUAAAAAAAAAUUAUUUUAUGUUCAAAACCCUAUUUAAAUACAAUUUAUAUGUGUUUUCAUUUCAUGGGAAGUAAAUACAAAUUAAAAAGCAGCGCUGAAACACACUGUACUUUUAAGUGCUAUACACUGCAUGUCAAUGAGAUUAAAUUCUACAUACGCAUCCAACUUUUUAAAUUG